ACCUCAAACUUCAUAAUAUUAUUCACUGUUUGCCGGAUAACAUAGAAGCACUCGAACUUGGACCAUAUCUACCUUUAUUGUGGUGUGUUCCAUUUAAUAAGUAAGCGACAUUUGGAAAAAUUAAAGCUGUGUCAUUCUGCCCUUGGCCGGCUGGAAAAAUCAUCCGAUUGAUCAUUAAUAUUCAUGUUGUUCGGGUCGAAUCGUAUUAGAAUAUUUUGAGACGACAUCAUAGUAAUUGGUAGUCCUGGGAUAAGAUCUGACUAUUUGUGACCCUUAUUCAUCAGGGAACUGAAACAUCUCUCUAAAGAAGAAAAACAAGAGAACAAAUUUUGAGGUCAUUCAUAUACUUUUUUGUUGUUGUGCAGAGGGAGGACCGUCAACUAGUGCAAUAGCUGAGCAGGCGGUUUCUAGAUCCCCAACGAUCUUUCGCGGGUAUUAACAACACGCCGGCAUCACUCCGGAUUUGGGACAUUUCUAAAGAAUUAUUGCAUUUAUCCGAUCUAUUUGAGGUGAAGAGUAAAUUUGGUAUUAUCAAGACCAUCGAACAGAAGAAUGAAGAAAUUGUCGUUGGCUUUUUUGUCGGUGUAUUUGGUGAUACAACUGUUACUACAACCGACACGAGGAAAAAACACUACAGAAGUGGCAAAAUGUCCUAGUUCCCAAUUUACGUGUAAAAACGAAAGAUGCAUCCCUUCAAGUUGGUAUUGCGAUAAAGAUGAUGACUGCGCUGACGGAUCCGACGAAAAUGAAUGCGAUUCUGCAACAUGUGCAGAUGAUCAGUUCAGGUGUACAAAUGGUAAAUGUAUACCACAAAGAUGGCAGUGUGAUGAUGAAGAUGACUGCCAUGAUGGUUCUGAUGAGUUAACAGGGGACUGUACUGCCAAGACCUGUAAUGCUGAUCAGUUUGCUUGUUCUACUGGAGCUUGUAUUCCAGCUGGCUGGAAAUGUGAUGGACAGAAUGAUUGUACCAAAGGCGACGAUGAGGCGCCAGAACAAUGUGAGAUAACUACAUGUAAAGAGGGUGAAUUCCAGUGUGAAAAUGGCCGAUGUAUCAGUGAACGCUGGAAGUGUGAUCAAGACAAUGACUGUGGGGAUAACUCGGAUGAAAAGAAGGACAACUGUCCUGAUCAAGUUUGUGAUGAAGAAGAAUUUCAGUGCUCAAAUAUGAUCUGUAUCAAAAAAUCGUGGGAAUGUGACGGAGACUUCGAUUGUAAUGAUCAGAGUGAUGAAAAAAAUUGUUCUGCUACCGAUCGCAUGAGUAGAUGUUCUGCAUCGGAAUUUACCUGCGUCGAUUCCAAAGAAUGCAUCCAUGUUUCCUGGCAAUGUGAUGGUGAAAAUGAUUGCGAAGAUGGCUCGGAUGAACAACAAGAUUGUAAAAUUACCUGUCGACCGAAUCAGUUUAUGUGUGUACAAGAUAGUUAUUGUAUUCAUGGUAUAUUACAAUGUGAUGGUAAUGAUGAUUGUUUGGAUGGAUCAGAUGAACAUGGUUGUCCUCCUAGACCAGACAGCUGUAAAGAGGAUGAAUUUGACUGUUUUAAAGAUGGGAAGAAAUGUAUUGCGUUAGAUAUGGUCUGUGAUGGACAAAAUGAUUGCGGACAAUUUGAAGAUGAAGCUAAAGAACUUGACUGUCCUAUAGACGAAGAUUCUGAUUCUAAAAAAGACAAACCAUGUAGUACCAACAAUGGAGGAUGCUACCAGAAAUGUGUGAAUUUAUAUCCAGGAAAUCAUAGGUGUGAAUGUCAUAAAGGUUUUGAAUUAUCUCCAAAUUCAACAACAUUUUGCCAGGAUAUAGAUGAAUGUCAGUUAGUUGGAUCGUGCUCUCAGUUAUGUACGAACUUUAAAGGAGGCUACAAGUGCCAUUGUACGGAGGGUUAUACGCUUGUUCACGAAAAAUACUGUCGGGCUAACGAUGGCAGUGCUGAACUUCUAUUGGCUAAUCGUAAAGAUCUUCGACGAAUCAAUAUCGAGAACAACAAGAAACCAGUGUAUGAAUUAUUGGUUGAAGACGAAAAGGUCGAGUGUGCCAUCUCUGUGGAUUAUGAUAUUCGUAGCAACAAGGUUUAUUGGACCGAUGUCAAAUUGGAAAAAAUUUUAAGUGCUGAUAUUCAGGACAAUAAGAAUGUAAUAGCUAUAGCCGAGAAUCUCGUCAGUACUCCUGAUGGUAUCGCGGUCGAUUGGGUCCACAAACAUCUAUACUGGACCGAUACAGGUUACAAUAAGAUUGAAGUUUCAUCUCUAGAUGGUAAAAUGAGACGUGUUUUGAUCAAUAGUGAUUUAGAUGAACCAAGAGCUAUUGUUGUAGAUCCAAAGAGUGGGUAUAUGUACUGGACUGAUUGGGGUAACACACCUAAAAUAGAAAAAUGUGGUCUGGAUGGUACUAUGCGUAAAACUAUCGUACAGACCAAUAUCCUCUGGCCAAACGGAAUAACACUUGAUUAUGUUGAUCAACGUUUGUAUUGGGUUGAUGCUAAACUUCAUAUUAUUGAUAGUGUUGAUUUAGAUGGUAGAGCUCGUCGAACUAUUCAUAAAUCUCAAGUCUCCAUUCAUCAUCCAUUUGGUAUUACUGUCUUUGAGGACUCCCUAUUCUGGACUGAUUGGAAAUCUGAAUCUGUACGAAAGAUGAGUAAAUUUGGAGUAGGAGAACCUGUAUCUGUUGUUACUGAUUUAAACGAACCAAUGGAUGUCCAUAUUUUCCAUGAAUUCCGACAACCUGCAUCUGAAAAUAAAUGUGGUACAGACAAUGGUGGCUGUGAACAUUUCUGUCUUCCCUCCCCCAUAUCAAAGGAUGGUCCUAAAUAUAGAUGUGUCUGUCAAGAUAACUUUGAACUUUCUUCUAAUGAAAAGACAUGCACAGAAUCAGCCAAUAAAACAUCAGUUAAUCCUAAUCCAACAGAUAGUACAGCAGAUGAAAAUUCUCCAAAUAAAAGUAAACAUAGACGACGAUUCCAUGAACCUUUGUUGACCACCAAAAAUACUUCUGUUAUUCCUGUAACUAAAGAGCCUGUUGUUCCUGUAACUAAAGAGCCUGUUGUUCCUGUAACUAAAGAGCCUGUUGUUGUCCUACAUCCGGAUAUGAGUGUGUCGACAGAAGGUGGCUAUAACAUAGUAACAACAACGGAUAAUUCUACGGCAAGCGAAAAUUCUGCACCUAUACCCAAACCAACGGACGAAAAUGUUGGACAGGUGGCAUUAAUUGUCAUAGCUGCCAUUGUGGGAUUAGCAGUUAUUGUUGGAAUUGUAUUAUUUGUAAUAUUGAAACGAGUUAAACGAAAGAAUAUGAAAAGUAUGAACUUUGAUAAUCCUGUUUAUCGUAAAACAACCGAAGACCAGUUCUCUAUAGAUAAAGAUAGUAAAUUACCUCCAAGUCUGCAGCCAUUAAAUCCUCCCACCAAUGAAAUUGUCUGAGAGAACUUUGUGUAACUUUUAAAAAUUUCUAAUGACUGCGAAGUGUCAAACGAGACAAAGCAAAUUGUUUUUAAUUGGAUUGGUGUUUAAAUCUCUCAAUUAAAUCUUCAUCAAUGUCAUCAACCAAUCAUAUCUUGUGUUCUAUCAAGCAUGAAGAAGAUCAUUAUUGCAUCAAACGGUUUGUCUCAAAACAUUCAUUGACAUCACCAACUUAAUAUUGCCUUCUCCACGUUCUUCAACACCCCAAGACUUGUGUCAGAGAUGGAUUCAAAGAAAGUCAACGCGAUAGUUUGACUCGGUUGUGUGCUUGUGCGCGUGCAUGUGAGAAUGCGUAAGAAAUGUAAUAUAUGAUACCAGAGUAGUAAUAUAUUUGUUAAGUUAUUAUUUUGUGCACCUUGAGAAUUAUUUUUCUUUUUAUGUGUGUGUUAAUUUAUGAGUUACAUUAUUUUAAUAUCACUAGCCUGUAAAUCUAAGUUUGUACGUUCGAAGACUUUGGAUAUACUAGUUCUGAAUAUAUAUCGUACACGGUGCCGAACUUGUUAAAUGUGGCCUCGUGGCCUCGUAUUGUAUAAAUUGUUAUAUUGUAUGGCAGCUUCUAAUAUCAAGCCUUUGAUACAAUCGUCAUAUUUUGAGUUUAAGAUCUUUUUAUUUAUUAUAUUAUUAUUAUUAUUAUUUUUUGAUCUGAUAUCGUCGUCAACAGCUGUAAGAACAAUAUAUUGUGGAGUUAUCUCAAAUUAUUAUUUAAUAUAUCUGGUAUUUGUGUGGUUUAGAAUUCUAAAUCAUCGUUGUAUAAUAUCAUAAUCGAUACUUGUAUAUUAACACUGGUCAUUGGUGUAAAACGACGUUAGUCCGUGCCCCCCCCUCUAUAGGACUAACUGUUGUAGAUUGUGCUAGCCAAGAUGUUUCAGAUAGCAUUACAUAACUCUAUUUAAAAAAGAUCUUAUACAUAAUCAACAACUGAAAGGGGUUAAUUCAAUUUUGUAUUGAAAGAUUUCAAAAUAUGUUAUAAAAAUUGAAAUGCUCGAUCAUUUUAUAAAAUCGGAUGGUGGAGUUAACCAAAAAAAAAUUAAAUUUCCAAUUGAUUUGAUUUCAUUAAUGAAUUGCAAUUUGUAGAUUGAUUCAAAAAUUAUCUCAAAUAUUUACCUGUUACAUCAUUGAGCUAUUAUUAACAGGUCAUGGAGUUAUGUCAGGUCAUGACCUGAAAGGUCAAGAUUGUUUGACCUUAAUUGACCUUGGUACAUGUUAGCAUUGGUUUUGACAAAUUAUUUGCAUUGAUACAUUGACCCCUUUAAAUCAUUGCAGUAACCUACACAUUAAUGGUACUAAUUAUACCCAAUCAGUAGGCCUACUCAGAUUUCAAAACCUUAACAGAAAAAUUAUUUUCUUUUACAUUCCAGUAAUCUUUGAGUUUUAAAGAGAAAAAACGAAAAAAAAUACACCUGACUUUUAAAUUAUGAAAAAGAAAAAAAAAUUAUCUGUUUUUCGAUAAUAAAAAAAUCUUUGCACUCUUGUAAAUAUUGAAAAUGUACAAAUUGCCAUUUACCCUAUAUCUGUACAAAUCCCUUAGUUAGACAUGAAAAUUGGUACUUUUUGAAAAAUAAACACCUCAUUUUGAUAAAUGGACUAGUCUGAUAUAAAAACCAUACUGCAAUGUCAUGGUUUGGGUAAGUUCAUAUAUUAGAAAAGGGUUUGUUUUAUUUUUUGGGGAUAGUGACUUUGUUUCAUCAUGUAAAUUUUGUAAUUAGUUGUAAAUAUUGUAAAUAUCGUGAAUUUGAGGUGUGGUUUGCGUUGUCAUGUAAGAUAAGCUUAUAUAUAACUUUUUGGUUACUGAUGGUCGUAUUCCUGAAACUGACUGAAGCCAAUCAAAAUAUAUCACUCGAAAAUAACCGAUGAUAAUCUCUGAUUAGCUUUAUUCGAUCAAAAUUUAUCACUCGAAAAUAACAAUGAUAAUCUUUGAUUAGCUUUAUUCAGAGUUUACGAAGAGACCUGGGUGUAGUAUAAAUGUGGUCAUCUAUAUGAUUUGUACGAUUGUUGUUUACUUUUUUUCAGGUUUUGUUUUUUUUUAUGUGUGUACGAGUGAGAGAGAAUGCCUGUGGGUGCAUUAAGCGUGAUUUAUUCCAAUUUAGUGCUAUAUUAAUUAGAUAAUGUUAAAUUUUAUUAAUUAUUUCUAUAAUAAUCAUAACAUAUUAAUUUGUUACCUGUUGAUUGUCAAAUUCUACCUUUUUUUGUGUUAUUAGUUGACAAUUUUGUUGAAGUUACGGCUAUAAAUGAAAUUUGAAUUUUUAUUUGAGAUUAUUCGUCUAUGCAUUAUUACUUAGGUUAUAUAUAUUCUCUGCUUCUAUUUUCUCUACCUCAAAAGUUGAAUAUAUUUUGUUAAAAGAAUACCCUAUAGACCCAAUGUGGGUGACAUGCCCUUUCAGAGCAAUCAUGUACAACAUGAAAAUAAUUUUUCUCUUGCAUGUAAAAAUUUGGUAAAUUACUAUAAAAUUAAUUCUUUAUUUUAAUUUAUUAACAUAAGAAAAUUGUUGAUAAUGAUUCGGACCGAAAUAUUAUGAAAAAAAAAUCCCCUGACAUUCAUGAUUUUCCUUCACAUAGGUACUAAGGAAAAUGGCAAAAAUAUACUUCAUUUAUGUAAAAGAAUUAUUUUUUCUGUCUAUGCUCUCAGUUCGUUGGGUUAUUUUAUUCUUUGCUAUUUUACAUAAUAAAUAUAUACUAAACGUAUGCAUAUAGAUUUUAACCAUUAAUUUCUUUUAUUCUAUAGGAUAAGUGGAAACCCUUAUCUCAUUAUAGUGUUCCUUUAUUUUGUUUGUCUUACUGUAUGUAAAUUUUCUAGGAAAUAAUUUAAUACUGGUAGAUGUAUUUAGAUGAAAUCCAAUUUAUUUGCCAAACUUUUAAAGGCCAAGAAUUUUUUUCAAUCUUUAAAACAAAAAAAACAAAAAAUUACAACGAAGAGUCAACAAAGUACACUAGAAAUAAGCAAAAAAUAAUCACAAUUAAAAUGACAAAAAAAAAUAAAACUAUGCACAAUAUUUAUCGGUGAAAUAAGGAGGUUGCUAUUCUUAUUUUGU